GUGGUGGGUCGGCACGGAGGAAGAGACUGGCCUGGAUCCAGCAUAACCAGUGGGACGACGGAUCAGGGAGUGCAGUGGGACGUCCCUGUCGAGGCAGCAUCAUCUUCGAAGGGUUCAUCAACUCCGAGGUCUACUGCGGCUUCGUCUUCAAAGGUUCAGAUUUUGUUGGACCUGCUGUGGCAUCAUCUUCAAAGGGCUCUGCGAAGUCAAAGUCUGCUGAAGGGAGCUCAUCGUCGAAGGGGCCCGCAUAUCCCAGGUGCAUUGACGCGAGUUUGGCUGCUUCUAGCGCCUCUCGCGUUGGAGAUAGAGCUCAAGAAGUCUCGGCUGUCAACCAAUGCCAGUUCAUGGCCGAAAUGGAGCGGGUCAACACAGCUGAGUUUUGUGCUGGUUCAUCCGAGCUUGUUCCGCGUUUGGAUUGUGGGCUGGCUUCUGAACUCAUCAAAGGUUUGAAAGAUGUUCCAGAUUUGCAAUUCAAGGUGGAAUUGCAUGGCUACCCAACUUCAGACUUGCAGGAUUUCUCAGCUCAGACUGCGCCAGCAGCAGCAGCCAAGACCUUUGCGAUUGUUGCCAUCCUUGCUGCGACAAUGCUUCAGUCAUCCCAGGCUGGGCUGAUUGAGUGGGCUGCGGAUUCAGGUGCUGGAAGGCAUGUGGCUUCCUUUGAAGCUUUGAGUGAUCAACGGUAUGACCGGAAGUUGCUCCAGAUGAACCUCUUCCGAUGCUCUCUGAUGCGGGACACGCCUGAAGUCAGAAAGAAGACCAAACGAGUCUACAUCACCUACGGCCGCAUUCAGCGGUCAGGUCCCACACCAGGUUGUCGUGCCUGUUUGGCACACACAUCGAAUCAUACUCCUGAGUGCAUGGCAAGACAUGAGGAAGCUCAUGGCCAUGCUUCACCUGCUCCUACGCCUCGUGGACAAGGUGAGUUAAGUUGGAAGAGCUGCAAGAUGAAGCUUUUCCGCCUG